UAACCCGGAUGUAGUUUAGCCUUAGCUUGUUUGUUAGCCCCCGCUGUACGCAUGCUAAAACAACUGCUGCAUAUGGUUAAUACCCAUGAAUAUUAUCGUAUUUUUUUGAUACAAGACCACAGUAUCGUAACAUAAAUUGCACCUAGGUUUAUAUAUACAACUUGUGUUACACGCUGAUGCUUUAUUAGUUGAGAAGUUGCGUCCAUCAACUUACCUCGGUAAACACACAUCAGCUGGAUGUUGAUCUCCCGGACAGGACAUCACAUGUGUCCCAUUUGACAUCCUGGUCCCUCUAAUGUGAAUCUCUGCAGCCUCACUUCCUUUGGCUUUACAAUCAUGUCCAACCAGACAGGAGUGAAACCCUCUCUGCGCUUCGGUCAGGUGGUCAUCGGACCUCCAGGCUCAGGCAAAACCACAUACUGCCAAGGGAUGCAAGAGUUCCUGACUCACCUGGGGCGAAAGGUGGUUGUGGUGAAUAUGGACCCUGCUAACGAAGGAAUACCUUAUACCUGUGGGGUGGAUAUCUCUGAGCUGGUCACGCUGGACGAUGUCAUGGAGAGCCUGAAGCUCGGCCCCAACGGUGGACUUCUCUACUGUAUGGAGUAUGUGGAAGCAAACCUGGACUGGUUAGAGAACAAGCUUAAAGACUACGACGAUUGUUACUUCCUGUUCGACUGUCCGGGACAGGUGGAGCUCUACACCCACCAGACUUCAGUGAAGAAUAUAUUAACACAACUGGCCAAGUGGAAUUUUAGGCUGACAGCAGUGCAUCUCGUCGACUCCCAUUACUGCGCUGACCCAGCAAAGUUCAUCUCUGUGCUGUGCACCUCCCUGUCCACCAUGCUGCACGUGGAGCUGCCGCACGUCAACAUCCUCUCCAAGAUGGACUUGAUUGAGCAGUAUGGCAAACUAGCCUUCAAUCUUGACUUCUACACCGAAGUCAUGGACCUGACCUAUCUUCUCGAUCACUUGGCCACAGACCCCUUCUUCAAAAAAUUCCGCCACUUAAAUGAAAAGUUGGCCGAAGUCAUACAGGAUUACAGCCUCGUCUCCUUCGUGCCCCUCAACGUACAGGACAAAGAGAGCAUGAUUCAGGUCUUACGAGCAGUGGACAAGGCCAAUGGCUACUGCUUUGGAGACCUGGAGGAGAGGAAUCUGCAAGCCAUGAUGUCAGCUGCUGUGGGGGCAGACUUCCAGUUCAACUCUACUCUUGGGGUGCAGGAGAGGUAUGUUGAAACCAGUGGAAAGACUGUGGAGCAGGAAAUGAUGGAUCUGUAAUUGGAAAAGCCCAAAUAAUAAUAA